AUGUCGAUCGGUGCUCUACUUAAACGAACAGCAGCUUAUACCACAUCCGCCCCCUCUACUUCCAAUAUCGGAUCAAAACUACGCUUAAGAAAGGCGGCCCUUACACUGACACCAGCCGCAGUUAAUCGAUUAAAAGACCUAACUAAGGGGCCGAAACCACAAUAUUUGCGUGUAGGCGUCAAGCAAAAAGGCUGUUCUGGUAACUCUUAUAUGCUCGAGUUCACAGAUUCCAAGGGCAAAUUUGAUGAGACAGUAUCUCAGGAUGGUGUCACUGUUCUGGUUGACUCAAAAGCAUUAAUCACAGUCCUUGGAUCUGAGAUGGAUUUUGUACAAGACAAGUUAUCAUCGCAUUUUGUAUUCAAUAAUCCUAAUGCAAAGGGUGUUUGCGGCUGUGGAGAAUCCUUUGCUGUCUAG